AUGAAUGAUUUUGGUCGAAGGCUCUGGGCCGGAAGCGGGACGAUGCCUUCCUGGUCGGACGGUGCGAUAGUGCGUGUGGCACAGAUUGUGGUGAGCAGUCGGAAUGGACGUGGGGCGAUGCAGUCGUGUGCGGCUUAUGGUGGCGAGACUAGAAUGGUCGACCGCGGGACGAUGCUUCUCGGGUCGGUCUGUGAGCUCGGCCGUGCACUAGACGGGAUGGAACGCGGACGUUCUGCGUGGGUCGAUCGUGGGACGAUAGUUCCUCGGUCGGCCGGUACGCACAGUUGGAACGCGGUUGCUCGGUCUAAGCCGUCUGGACCAGUCUUCACUGAUUUGAUCAUAACUCCAUGUCUACUCAUCCAAAUGAUGCGAAUCCACUUGCGUUGGAGAGUUAACUCAAUCAGAGCACGCUGCGAAGUAGUCUUGAUGAAAUCCGUUGAGUAG